CAGUCAGUGUGGUGGUUAGUAACGCAGUGACGCUGUUCCGUUUCCAAGCGCAACCAAAAGCAUAACACGGCUCUCCUCCCGCUAGCUUUCAUUACAGUUAUCCAGUCGUGAACAUCUGUUUUUAUUACAGUUCCUUCUGAUACUCAAGCCUUAUGUUAACACCGUAUAUUUCAUUCUAAAGCAUUUGUUUUUCAACUCGUCACGACAAAACUCUCAUCCGCAUCAUCCUUCUGCUGCUGUAAUGGCUAAUUUUGGGUUUAAUGAGCACCAUCAGAAUGAGGUGAUCAACUACAUGCGUUUUGCCCGCUCUAAACAGGCACUGAGACUGAAGACAAUCGACUCCUGUUUCCAAGACCUGAAGGACAGCAGGCUUGUAGAGGAGACGUAUACAGUGGAUGAGGUGGCUGAAAUGCUGGAUGGACUGCAGGUGCUGGUACGUGGAGAAGUGGAGAUGGAACUCAUAAACACAGCUCACACCAACGUGCUGCUGUUGCGACAGCUGUUUUCCCAGGCUGAGAAGUUUUACCUGCGACUGCAGACGGACAUCUCUGAACUGGAGAACAGAGAGUUACUGGAGCAAGUAGCUGAGUUUGAGAAAACUGAUUUCAAACCCAACAGCAAGAUGAAUCAAGAGACCAGUAAGCCAAAAUUAGCACCACUAAAUGAAGGCGGUGUAUCUGAACUACUUCAGAAGGAGAUUUCCAGACUACAGGAGGAUAAUGAGAAAUUGAAAACUAGACUUAAAACAUUGGAGUCUCAGGCCAUGAGUGCUUUAGAUGACAAAUCUAAAGCAGAAAGGGCCUUGAAAGACCUUCAGAAGACCCAAGUUGAUCAGCAGUCUGCAAUGCACACUCAGGAGAUCGCAAAUCUAGAAGACACAGUAGCAGCAAUGCAGGCUGAUUUUGAGAAGACCCUGAAUGCCAACGCUGCUUCUCAGAAGGACCUGCAUGAAAACCUGGUAUCUGCUAAACAUGACCUGCUCCGCAUCCAGGAGCAACUAGCCUUAGCUGAGAAGGAACUGGAGAAGAAAUUUCAGCAGACCGCUGCUUACCGUAACAUGAAAGAAAUUCUCACUAAAAAGAAUGAACAGAUUAAGGACCUCAGGAAAAGAUUACAGAGAUAUGAAUCAGAUGAGUGAACAAUCGACCUACAGGAGACACAUGCAAAUAUCAACAAUGGGACUUUUAAUGGAUAUUACAGAAAAAAAAAAUGUUGCCUGAGAUGUUAUACAUUACAAAAGGCAUAAUAAUAUAUGAUGAGAAGUAAUUUCUCAUUAUCAAGAUGAUCAACACUAUUAAGUUCAUUUCCAUUGGUUAAGAAACAUUACUCGGACAUGACACUACAGUUGUUUAGUAAUUUCUCACUGCUCUGUAUUGUUCAGCGUGUCUGCAACCUGUUACCUGAGAGUCGAGGUUAAGGUCAGUUUGCUACAGAGAAAAUGUAAUGUUAAGAGGUGUGUUUUCAUUUCUCCUAAAGGGAUUCAUACAUCCUUAAAAUUGCUGUAUAAAUUCUUGUUUCUUGGUAUGACUGACCUAUCUUUGUGUUUAAAAUCACACCGUUUAUUAAGUUUUUUUUCCUACAAUAAGCUAGAAAGUUUAAUAUUGAUUAGAUGAUAACAUCCCAAGAGAAAUAUCAGCAACGCUUUCUGACACCACAGUGGGGCACCAGUUGACACCCUUAAUCCUUUUACUUUUAAUUUGACUUUGAAUGUUUUGAAACACCUUGUGUACACUCAGAGGACCUUAAAACACUAAUACAGAAUCAUGUUGUAUUCUGCGCAACAGUGGAGGCAGCAGUGUUUUCAAGCAUUUCUUGUAUUGCACAUUUAUUGUAUAUUGCUGACUGUCCACAGUAUAUUUUUGUAAGACAUGUGUCCUUCUUUCUUCAGUUAGAAAGGAUUACUAAAACAGCUACUGUAUGUAGGAGUGACUCUACCUGUGGUCGGAGUCUUUCAUUGUGUGUAAUAUGUAUUAGUGUAAAAAUAUUAUGUGCUUUGGUCUGA